AAUGAGUUUGUACUCGGAGUAGAUAAACAAAGACACUGAGUGAGUAGUACAUUAGGCGUUUGAACCACCAUUGCUAGGGUAGCACCGGACAGAAGAGCGAUGCCGCAGCGCGGGAAAUUGAUGCCAUAUCUUGACCCGAACAGCACGAAGCUGCUGAACCUCACCGUUCUGCAACGGAUGGAUCCAUUCGUCGAGGAGAUUCUCCUCACCGCAGUUCACGUCGCUUUCUACGAAUUUAAUACCGCGGCGACCCAAUGGAGUCGAAAGGAUGUCGAAGGAUCUCUCUUUGUUGUUAAGAGGACGUCUCAGCCUAGAUUCCGGUUUAUCGUAAUGAAUCGUAGACAUGCAGACAACUUAGUUGAGGAUCUUUUGGGAGAUUUUGAGUUCGAGGUCCAGACGCCAUAUUUAUUAUACCGGAAUUCUGCCCAGGAAGUAAAUGGAAUAUGGUUUUACUAUGAACAUGAAUGUGAAGAGGUUGGAAAUCUAUUCACCAGGAUAUUCAAUGCAUAUUCAAGGGUGCCUACAAAGUCAAAAGUAGUUCCAGUCACGAGUAAAUAUGAAGAGCUGGAAGGAGUUCCAAGCAUGGAGGUAAUUGAUGGUCUAUUGGAGCCAUCAAAUACAACCACUGCCAAUGUCAGAGAUGCUCCUGAUGACCAUACCUUUGUGAACUUUUUCAGUUCUGCAAUGGCAAUUGGGGGUUCUUCCAAUACAGCAGUUCCUGGACAUCCACCCCCUUUACCUACAAGCACUCAUAAUGGCGCGUUUAUGCCUGCAGUGCGUGUCCAAACUCCACCUGUUCCAACAUAUAAUCAUAUAAUGCAUUUCUUUGACGCACCACCUCAAACAGACAGCAGCAGUAUGAGGUCAACAAAUUUGAUAAAUCCAUCUUUGUUUUUCGGUCCACAGCCUUCUUCCGCUUCUUCUCCAUUAUUAAUACCUCCAACCUCUGCGUCUGCGACCAUGCCUACUGCUCCUCCACUUCAGCCUUCUGCGGGAACUCUACAACGCCCAUAUGGUGCUCCUCCACUUCAGCCUUCUGCGGGAACUCUACAACGCCCAUAUGGUGCUCCUUUGCUUCAACCAUUCCCUCCACCUUCACCUCCUCCAUCACUUAAUCCUGAUGUUGCUCCAAAUAAUGAGAUUGUUAUUACCAGAGACAAGGUCCGUGAGGCCCUUUUCACCCUCGUUCAGGACAAUGUGUUUAUUGACAUGGUUCAUCAGGCGCUGCAGAAUGUUCUUCAUUGAAAGAUGAAUUUGAAGAAUCACUCUGUUGCCAAAAUUAAUGUUCACUGUUUUUGUUUGCAACUAGAGGAGUGAGAUUUUUGUUUAAUGUGUAUUGCUCCAAUCGAUAGAUACCUUGUGCAGCUGUAGAUAACAUGAUAUUUUCUGUGUCUGAGACAGAUCCAUGUAUAUAUAACUCAGUAGUAUUUUUAGUAGAUUUGUAUUUUGUGAUAUCAGACUCAAGGGUAGUAGUUAUAGUGCCUAAACAUAUACUACAGCAAUAUGC